CAAACCCCUAACAUUUUUCUCCUUCGAAACCAAUGGAUUCCUGCAUACCCUUUACUGGCCAUGGCGCAUAUCUUCAAGUAGAGGGAGACAACACCACCAUCAUCCCAAUCAGAAAACACCCUUCAUCUCACCGUACUCAUUCUUUAUCUUGUUCAUCCUCAGUUGGAUCAUCAUCUUCCUUCGAAUCAUCCUCAUUCGAUGAGUCCUUGUCGUCGAGUUCGAUCACUCCUCUUCGCUUCUCCGGUAUCCCAUUCUCAUGGGAACAACACCCAGGAAUCCCCAAGAAAUAUCAUUCUCCUUCUUCCAAAAACAUUCUACCAUUACCACCACCUCCUCCUAAUCCAACCUCUUGCAAAAGAUUUGAUCUCGAACCAAUCUUUACAACCCAAAAGAAGAAUAACCAAGAGAAUUAUCAUAAAGAUCCAUUCGUUGCAGCAUUCAUGGAGUGUUCAAGGGAUCGAAGAGGUCUGAAGAAUUGUUGGAAGGAGAGUAGUAAGGUGUCAAGAACAAGAACACUUAGUGAUCGAUUUGGGUUCAUUGGUCUCUAUGCAUCUUGUAAGAACAGUUGUGCUGUUUCAGAUUCAACUGUGUCUAUUCCAAGAUCAAGCCGAGGGAGUUUUCUCUUGAACAGCCGCCGACACUUCUAGAUAAGUGGUAACUGAGGUUUCUGUACCCUUCUGUUUGUUAUAGUGAUUACAAUAGUUAAUUAUUAUGUAGACAUGGAAGUUUAGGUUCUCGUUUUGAGAAAUUUCAUGAAUAAUUAUUGUGAAUAAAUAAGUAGUUAAUGUUGGAAGGAUAUAUAGUUGUGAUAUCAUAAUCACAUGAUUGGUUUUGAAAUAGUGCUAAGACAGCUUUACUCAGAAUUAAUUAGAUGAAAUGUACCCUUUGACCUGUUUUGUGAGUA